ACCCUGGAUGCCUGUGGUUGUCCCAAGAACGCGCACGCAGGAAGUUCCUUUCCUGUCGAGAGCGCGAAAUAUGACGUAAGUCGCUUGCCGCGCAGUGAUGAUGGCGGUGCGUGAACGCGCAGUAAAAGUAAUGGCUGCUCUGGAUCGGCGGGUUCCUAGUCUCGAUGAUUUCGUGGGUCAAAGCUGGACUGCCUGGACCGAGUGGGCCGGUGUGACAGCGGCAGAUGGGCCAGAUGCAGGUGACUUAAGCAAGAAUGGCAAAAAAGCAGCAGAGGCCAUGUCACUCAGUAAGGAGGACAUGUCCAUCUUUGGCCUCUACCCUGGCCAUGAUGAUUUCUACCUGGUGGUGUGUAGCAAUUGUGGCCAAGUAGUGAAGCCUCAGGCAUUCGAAAAGCACUGCGAGCGGAGACACGGCCCUCUGGCCAAGCUGUACACCCGACUACGCUCUCCCACCCCUGCACCCCAGCCCCAGCCGCGGUCUCACCACGGCCAUUCUCCUUCCCAUGGGGUCAGCACUGCUUCUGCUUCAUCUUGGGAGGGUCGGAGCCAGGGGGUUGGGCAGCUACGGCCAACUCCACCUUCGCCUUCUGCCCCACCCCAGUACAGACACUCCAAGAACUCCAAGGAUGGAGUACGACAUCCCCCACUGGAGAAGUCCUCUUGCCACAGCAGCCAUACAGAGUCAUCAUUAUUCAAGCAGCCGCCACCUCUGGAUCCUCCGAUGAACUCUCCACCUCCAUCACUCAGAGAUCCCCCCUGGCCACAUGGAGUCACACCACCUGGCAGGCCUUUACCCAGUGAUAGGCCCGGCACCCACAGCCAGAGGAAGGACUCCUCUCUGGCCUCUAUGGUGCCAGGCCACCGGAUCCCCAGACCAUACAACAAAGUGGCCUCCAAAAGGGAGUGUGACUUGGACAAGCACUGUGGUGUCCUUGACCCUGGCAGGAAGAAAGUCUGCACACGCCUCUUGACAUGCAACAUCCACUCCAUCCACCAACGGAGGAAAGUGGUGGGCAGAAGCAAGAACUUUGACCAAUUGGUGGCAGAACUGAAAACCAAGGUUCGAGAGAAAGGGGCCCAGUCACUGGAGGGAGGGUCUUCUACUGGACGAUCUCCCAGCCCAGAGACCCAAAGGGAGCAGGCUGGGACUCCACAUUGCAGGAGACCUCUGGCCAGUCUCCCUGCUUUCAGUCGGUCUGCAGCUGUGUCAGAAUGCACUCCAGAGGAAGAGAAACGGCAGCAGGAUGACGGAUGUCUCCGAGCCCCCUCACCUCUUGUUUAUGGACGAAUCUCUAGUGACGAAAGUGAGACAGAAGGGCCAGAGGAGCCCCUUGAGUUCCCAUUUUCUACUGCACAUCCCAGACCAUUAGCGGUGUGUUCAUUUGGCAGCCAUGCAUUGGGUCACGGCAUCUACACGUUUGACAGACGACUUCAUCACCUGAGGUCGGCUCUUUGCAGCAUGCUGGAACAGCACAUUAGUGCCCAUCUUUGGAAGAAAAUACCUCAAGCCACAGACCUUCAGUUUCCACCUCUCUUAGCCAAGACCACCACUUCUAUAUCUCCUUCCUCCAUAGCCACCACACCCUCCUCUUCAUUACAUUCUAAGGUCCGCACAGGAAGUCAUAUCAGCUCCUCCCUCAAAGUUGCAUCCUCCUCCUCUUCUAGUCGAGGUCCAGGGAGACCCCUACCAACCAUACAGUCAGAGAACGCCAGUGGUGGUCAUCUGGUGUCACUGGGUAAGCCUGUGGUAGUGCGUCAGGUGGGCACUGGGCGGCCCAAGAACCCAGUGGGGCGUCCGAGCAAGCAGAUGCUAAAGCUGCGAGAGGAAGCUGCUGCUGCCGCUGCCCUCCGUAAACGCAAAGCCCCAUCCCAGGAAGGGGAGCACUCAGGCCCCGACAGGAACUGCAUUAUACUUCAGGACCGGGGCCGCCCACCCUCCGGCACCUCUUCAUCCUCUUCACCUUCCUCUUCUAAAACCCCUAUUCCCUCACCUGUCUCACACGGACAGACCAACGGCACGCUUUCCCCCAGCACCAAACCCCGCCCUCAGCCCUCCCCCUCAGAGUCCCACUCACCAGCUGCCAAGGCGGUCUGGACCUACCGACGGACACACCCUUCUCUGGGGCAUUCAUCACCCCCAGAUCUCUCCUCUGCCACCAACAACUCCCAUAGCAGGGCUGGCAUGGGGGACUCAGGACUGCACGAGCAGGGCAGCGGAAGGGGCUUCGAGCACCAGGGGCUGGUGAAGAAACACAAGGGGGGAGGCAUGGAGGAACACUCGCCCUCCUCCAAACCCUCAGUGCACCGCCUGCCCUCGUCCUCCUCCAGUUCUGCCACCUCCUCCUCUCCUCGCUCUAACUUCUACCCUUGGAAGGACAGCAAAGGUGGGGGGCUGGCUGGGGGUGUGGAGAAGAAACUGGGCACACAGAAGCCAAAACUGCACCAUUAAGUGUGCCUGCCUUACAAGCCACUCUGAGGGAGCCAGCUCUGCUCAGUCCAAGACUGAGUCAACGGGACUCAAAUGUGUGUCUGCGUCUGUCUGUUGAGCAAACGCUCAAGUAUGGGUGUGUCAGAUUGUGUUUUAUGUGCAGUAUGGAUCUGUUGGUGUGAAUUUCAGCUGGCUGUGUGGGUCUGUGUGUUUGCUGUUGUCUGGAUGAAUGUCUGAGGGAGAACUGGGAAUGGGAGGGUGGGAUGAAAUUCAGAGUAUGGAUUUAGAAAUACCUCAAGACCAUUGGUUAUGCUGCUAAAUUAAAUAUGUUGGUUUAUAAAAAUGGAUUAAAAAUUUCCUUUACACUUGGUU